AAACAAUUUCAAAAUGAAUGAUACCGAACCGUCGAUCGGCAACUGGACAGAUCAAACAUUUUUCGAUAAUCUUUCCACAACCGAAACUCCAUAUCAAGAUUAUGAAUUCCGAUUCGAAACGUAUCUAGUGCCGCUUAUAUUUGGGAUUAUUUUCAUUGUUGGUGUGUUGGGAAAUGGAACACUGGUCGUGGUGUUUUUGAGGCAUCGUGCAAUGCGUAACGUACCGAACACAUACAUCUUGUCACUGGCUUUAGCAGAUCUUUUAGUAAUAAUCACAACUGUUCCAUUCGUUUCGAUUGUUUACACAUUAGAUUCGUGGCCAUGGGGUGAAUCUAUGUGUAUGGUGUCAGAAUUUGUAAAAGAUGUAUCAAUUGGGGUGUCCGUUUUCACGUUAACAGCACUAUCAAGUGAUCGAUUUUUUGCUAUUGUGGAUCCAUUGCGCAAAUUUCAUGCACAUGGUGGAGGAAAACGUGCUACAUACAUGACAAUAACAACAGCAAUUGUGAUAUGGAUACUGGCAAUUAUAUGCGGAAUACCGGCACUAGCUGGUUCUAAAAUCAAGCACAUCGUAGUCAACAGCAGAGUGUCAUUCGAGGUAUGUUACCCGUUUCCUGAGGAGUGGGGCCCAGAAUAUGCCAAGGGUAUGGUGCUUUUUCGGUUUUUGGUCUACUACGCCGUGCCGUUGAUCCUUAUUGGUAUAUUUUAUAUAAUGAUUGCGAUUCAUCUGGUCUUCACCAGUCGUGUGCCAGGUGAAAUUCAAGGAGCUAUGAGACAGGUCAUUGCGAGGAAAAAAGUAGCAGUCACUGUGCUGGCGUUUGUUGUGAUAUUUGGAAUUUGUUUUUUUCCACACCAUUUAUUCAUGCUGUGGUUCUAUUAUAACCCCAAUUCGAAUGAAGAUUACAAUACAUUUUGGCAUGUACUGCGAAUAAUUGGAUUCUGUUUAUCAUUCGCAAAUAGCUGUGCCAAUCCAAUUUUAUUGUACUGCGUGAGUGGAGCUUUUCGAAAGCAUUUUAACAGGUAUUUGUUAUGCAAAGGUUCAUCUAGCUCACGGCGACGACAUGCUGAUAAUUUAGCCUAUCGAGAUACAUCGCUCACCAGUACCAUAUCUCGGAAAUAUCCAUCGAAACGGCUUGGAAAUCGAAGUUGUCGGAUUCAAGAAACAACAAUCACAAUACAAAUUGGCGGCACCGGAAUGAACGGAAUGGCAGAUAAGGAACAUUUGAAUCGAAUAUGAGCCAUGCAAAAAUUUGAUACUCUUUUUUGGGACAUUUACCAAUGAUAAACCCCACAAUUCUAUAUUUAUUGAAAUUGAUUCGUCCGAAAAUCAUCGAGAAAAUUCAGAGAAGAGAAAAACGACCGAUAGA